AUGAAUAAUAGCUUCAAUAAUUUUAGGGAGGGUUACAACCUUCCUGGUCAUCGUAGUUUCAACUCUUAAAGUGACACCUCCUUGUUUCGAAAUAAGUAAUAGAGCAUUAAGAAUGAUCGCAAUAAUCAGCAUAGCUCUAAUGAAGAAUUAUUUGCUGAUAUUGAAAGAUCCUGCAACAUGAAUGUCAGUGGAGAGUCACUUCCAACAAGUGAAGAAGAACAUAGUCUAAUCGAUUAAGCAAUCGACUUGUUUUCAGGUAUUGGUCUUAUAAAUCUUCCAAGAUACAAAAGUAAUAUUACCAAAGCAAUAAGCAGACAUUAGAGAUGCAUAAGAUUAAAUGAUAAAAGACAUCAAUCAUGUUUUUGUAGAUACCUGUUAUAAAUCAUACCUUUCGACAGAAAUACUUGAACCUGAAUUUCUUGAGAAUAAUCAAUCUUUCAAGGAUCAAUUCUACGAGAACAAUCAUAGACGCAAACGUAAAACAAUAUCUGAUGAGGAUUCCCAUAAUUUUAUUGUACGAAUUGAUGGUAUUGAAGGAGAUACAAGAACAACUGUCAUGGUUAAGAAUAUCCCAAAUAAAUAUACAAUUCAAAUGCUUAAAGAAUUAAUUGAUUAUCAUCAUUCAACCUCUUAUGAUUUCCUUUAUCUUCCCAUAGAUUUCAAGGUAUCAAUAUAGUUCUCACUUUUUUUUAGAAUAAAUGUAAUAUGGGUUAUGCAUUCAUUAAUUUUGUUGACAGUCGUAUGAUCACAUCUUUUCACAAUGAAUUUCAUGGUUAAAAGUGGCCGCAUUUCAACAGUGAAAAAGUAUGUUCCUCCUAACAUUUUAGAUUUGUUAGUUGAGAUAUGCUAGAAUUUAGGGUAGAUCUGCACUAUUGCAACAUUUUCAAUUUUCUAGUGUGAUGAACUAAAAAGAUAAAAAACUUAAACCAGUAAUAGUACCUUAAAGUGAAUUAUAACGUAUACAAUAGAUGAUUUAAGUAUAACUGUUUUUUAUUAUUAGAUGUAAAAAUAAUGACAUAAAAACAAUUUUGUUUAGGG